GCUUCGCAGCCCAGGAGUGUCGCGCGCUUGGGAACCCUCGCCGCUCCCGCAGCGCAGUUAACGUGGACAAGCUGGGGCAACCUGGACGAGCUGGGGCAACCUGAUCUCGGCUGUCGGAGUGGGUGUCCUCAGGAGAGGUGACUUGGUCCUCGCGGACGCCAGGUGUUGCCCCUUAGAUACCUGCCACCUCCCAGCCUCCGUUUCCUUCCUGGGAAAUAGACUCCUCAUCACCUCCUCCAGUUUUCUGCCCCUUCUUCACCUCUCCUGACGCUCCAUCUGUACCUUUUGCAAGGGAAUGUGCCAUAAUUCGGCUAUGCUCUAUUUUCUUGUCUAAUAGAUUGUAAGCUCCUUGCGGGCAGCAUCUAUGCCUUCUUAAAUCUGUUUCUAGUUUCUACCAGCAAGCUUCACCCGAAGGGGUUUGCAGAAUAUCUGUUAAAUAAGUGAAUGAAUAAUUUUGUAAAUGUUGCUCAAGAAGAGUUAAGUAGUGGCGGGGCCGGGCGCGGUGGCUCACGCCUGUAAUCCCAGCACUUUGGGAGGCCAAGGCAGGCGCAUCACCUGCGCUCACGAGUUCGAGACCAGCCUGGGCAAAAUGGUGAAACCCCUGUCUCUACUAAAAAUACCAAAAAAAAAAAAAAAAAAAAAAAUAGCCGGGCUUGGUGGCGGGUGCUUGUAGUCCCAGCUACUCGGGAGGCUGAGACAGGAGAAUCGCUUGAACCCGGGAGGCGGAGGCUGCAGAGAGCCAAGACAGCUCCACUGCACUCCUAGCCUGGGCAACAGAGAGAGACUCCGUCUCAAAAAAAAAAAAAAAAAUUAAUAAGAAAAAAGUUAAGUAGUGGGAAAGUUCUAGGCAAGAAUUUCUUCCCUCCCUCCUCCCUGGCUCGCUUGUGUGCCGGGAGCUGCGCAGAUGCGGGGAUACCGUGAGAGGGAGGAACCUGUCUCAGCUCCUGCCCUUGUGCCGUGGAGCUUUGAAAUAUAAGGACUUUGCUAUAAAACACGUGACCCUAGGGAAACUUUUGAAGUUAGCGGUAUAGAGAGUACCACCACCAGACGCCACCAUGCCUGCGGAAGGAGGAAAAACGGACAUGGAAAGGAUUGGCCUCUUUAGUGAGAUGGAAUAUAUUACUGUGGGUGAUAAAUAUGUGUCACAAUUUAAUCGACCCUUUAAUGAGGCUGCAAGCAAAAAUAAACAGAUGCUACCUGGAGGGUCCAAAGAAAUGUCAGAUCUUCAGGCAGGUUAUUUUGAUCCCCAUUUUGUAAGGAUUUUUGAAGGUGAAGGCUACAUAAAUCUGAAUCAAGUGAGGAGACGGGAUAUGAUGGAAGCAGCCAAAAAAAAUCUAGGCAAAGCCUUCCUCCCUAGUAGUGGAGAGAAAACGCCAUGUGGCUUAGGAAGCUACUAUGGAACAAUAGGUGGUCCAGUCCCAUUUUUCAGCGCACAGUCAAAAACUCGAGAAAAAUAUAAGGCACCUGGAAAGAAUUUAUACACAAACCCGGGAAAGAAAGGAACUGGAUAUGGCUAUGCAAAUAUUACCAUAGGUAAACAGUUUUCACACUCUGCCGACUUCUAUGAUGCAGCAAAACUAAAGUAUAAGAAAGCGAAUGAAGAACACCAUCGUUUACUUAAAGGAGCACCGUUUAAGUUAAAUCUUCACCCGAGGGACUAUUUUGACGUGAAUCCUUAUUUUUCUGAGGAAUCUUUACCACCAAUUAAAAAAGAAGAGAAGAAGAAAACAAUUUCAAACACUUUUAAACCGUCUUCUCCUGGUAAAAAGCCUGGUGGAAUGAAGGCAGGAACAUUUGAUCCUUACCCAUCACAUUCUGCUGACCCUUAUGUGGCUAAAUUGGCAAAUAUUUCUGGCAAAGACGAUAAGAUUUUCCACCCACCAAGUGGACCAAAAAGCAGACCAGUUGAAAGUAUAAUGACUUUGAAUGUCAGAAGGGCACUAAAUUCAAAGAACUACAAGACUUCUUCAGUACCAUCCUAUUAGCAACUGGAAGACAAGUACCUUUCUAGAUCUUAACUAUGAGUAAUUCAUUAUCAAGAGCUAAUUAUUUGAAAAAAUAUAAGAUGUUAUGGAGCAGAUAGCUCAAGCAGUUAAAAGAAAUUUAAGCCUGCAACUCUAAUUCUCUUCCUUAUUUUAAUACUACUACUUAAUUAAUAAAUAGUAUUUGCUAAUAA